AUGGCGCUUAAGAACGCUGCAGCUUCCAAGAUUCUGGCAGCUUCAGUUGGCGUCUUUGCUGGCUAUUCUGCGUAUCGAUACAGAGCCUCUCAUUACUCGCCCCCUUCAAAAUCUCAACGAGAUAGCCCUAGCGCUUCAGGCACAGGCACAAUGGCUGUCAAGCACAGUUUUCAGACCCUCUUCGCCGUCCCGCUCUCCUGCGACGGCUGCGUCAAGUCCGUUUCAGACUCCAUCUACAAACUAGAUGGCAUCAGCAAAGUCGAAGGAAAUCUCACGGACCAGCUGAUAUCGGUCGAGGGAUCUGGUGAGUUAUCACACGAUGGCUGUUGCUCUGAAAGCCCAUCUAUACCACAUGCUAACGCAUCGGGCCAUGCCGCAGUCGCACCAUCUGCCAUCGUCGAGGCUAUCCAGGCCACGGGGAGAGAUGCCAUCCUCCGGGGGUCCGGCACUUCAAACAGCGCCGCCGUGAGCAUCCUGGAGACGUUCACAGAUAUGCAGAUUGAGGAAGUCGACCGCGAAGUGCGAGGCCUUGCCAGGAUGGUACAGGUCAAUCCCGAACGGACAUUGAUUGAUCUGACCUUGAGGGGUGUUGCUCCCGGUACCUAUCGGGCAACCAUUCGCGAGUUUGGAGAUCUCCAAGACGGUGCUGCAUCUACCGGUCCAGUCUGGGUCGGAGGAAGCAAAGAGGCGCCAAAGGGAACCCUUGGUAUCGUCGAGGUGUCCGAAGAUGGCCGCGGAUCCGCCUUUGUAGACCACGGCUUCCAGAUCUGGGAAGUCAUUGGCCACGCCAUGGUUCUGACGAGACAGGAUGAGGGUUUACCGCUCAAGAAUGACGACAACACAGUGGUUGGCGUCAUUGCGCGAAGCGCGGGUAUGUGGGAUAAUGACAAGACUGUCUGUUCUUGCACAGGUAAGACACUGUGGGAAGAAAGAAAGGAUGAAGUCAAGAAGGGAAUGCUGUAG